UGUUCAAGAGCAACCCAGGGUUUUGAGGCAGGAUCGGCCCAGCAGUUUGAUGAGAUGAAGAAAUUCGUUAUUGACCAUGCAGCUGCAAGGACACUGCAGAAGCGCAUUCACGCAAUUUGGUAUUGCAUCCCCAUGACUGACUACCAAAGGACAGUCACUGCUGCUGAGCAGAAGUUCUUUAAUGAGUGUGACACAGGACAUGUUCCAGUAGUAGUGUUGCUAACAAAGGAACUUCUGGAUGAAGGGUUGGAGAUGGAAGAAGCAAAGAAACAGGCCACAGAAAGGGAAACUCUGUUAUUGGAAAAGUGGCAGACACACAUCAAACAGAUUCUGGACCAGUGUCAAUUCCCACCUAAGAUGUAUCUUGCACUCACCAAAAUGCAUAAUGAGAGUGCAGAUUGCACCACUUUGAUCCAGUCCACAGCAAGUGCUUUGAAUGAGGAAGGCCUGCAGAGGUUACUUAUAUCAACACAGCAGUCAAGCAUUGGAUUAUGUAUUGAAUAUGCCUGUAUACUGGUAAGCCAGCAGGUGGUGGGAGGAAUGAUCAGAGAUGUAAUUGAGAGGGGGGAAAGAUAUGACAUAGCAGCUUUUGAAUCUGCUGUGCUCAGUUGGUUUCCCAAGCAUUCACUUGUGGGUGAUUUCAUGGAAGGGUUGGCUAGAGGUUGGCUAACCUCAUGUGGAUUCCACUUGUUGGUGGCAUAACAGGAGGUAUGAGAUUUCAUGGCAAGGUAAUCUGCACAUUGGGAGCUGACAUACACUGCACAUAUCACAUGAGACAGAAUGUCAGUGACAUCAUUGUGGAUAAAGGUGGAUGUCUAAUGAUUGGUGACACUUGCAUUAUGUAUGGGUGUGGUAUGACAGUUUG